AUGGAUUCAGCGUCUAUUUCUCUAAUGAGCCGCAGUCUCUUGAGCCCAGACAAUCGAGGUAAUCAGGCGCAGGUGAAACUGAUCAUUGGCAUCGACUAUGGCACCAGGUUUGUGCGAAUGCGUUCAAAUGAGCAGUAUCCUGACCGUCCCAGCUUCUCUGGCGCCGCAUAUACUCUUUUCCUCCAGCGACCGGUUGACCCACGCAUCGAUACCAUUUCCGACUGGCCGAGCGCUCAUCAUCAUCACCGCUACACGCAGAAAGUCCCCUCAGACAUCGCAUACGGCCCCAAUGGCGAAGUCCACUGUGGUUUCGAGUGUCCAGAAGACACUACCAGGUUACGAUGGGUGAAGUUACUCCUCGAAACCGACCCCGAUCCGCGCAAGUCAUACCUUCUGGACUCCGAGGAGGUACGAGCAACGCGCCGAACCAUCCAAGAGCUGGGGAAAUCUGCUACGACCGUGGUUGGUGAUUAUCUCAAAUGGCUGUGGGCGAGAAUUGUCGAUUGUAUCUGCGACGAACAGAACGAUCCCGAUCUUAUCAAGAACAGUGAUGUCACAAUCGUGAUGACCGUGCCUGCCAUAUGGUCGGAUGCUGCGAAAGAGAAUACCCUGCACGCAGCUGAACUUGCCGGCCUGGCAGACAAUGGUCGGGAAAUCAGGUUUAUCACGGAGCCGGAAGCGGCUGCUAUCUCCGAGCUACAACAACGGUUGAGCACUGGCCAAGUUAGGGAAGGAGAUUGCGUGAUAGUUUGUGAUGCUGGAGGUGGUACGGUCGAUGUCGUGAGCUACCAAGUGGCCAAGGUGCUUCCGAUGGAGCUGAAUCAGGUCGCGGUGGCAGACGGAGGUCUCUGCGGAUCCGUGUACAUCGACCAAGCAUUCACAAACCAGAUCAAAGGGGUUUUACAGGACGACUGGGACCGACUACCUGCGGCUGCGAGGAAUGAGAUCAUUGACCGUUUUACUUUCAUCAUCAAGCCAUCGUACGAAGGGGGAGCUUCAACCGGCCCCAAAGCAGUGCAUCUUGGUGGUGUCGCCCAUCUCAACCUCGAGCAUGCCAAGGAAGGCACUGUUCUUAUCGAGCCGGAACUUGUCCGUAUUUCAUUCGAAAGCAUUCUGCCUGAAAUACUUGCCCUCAUUGAUGAACAAGACAUGGCCCUGGAAGACAAACGCUUGAAAGGUCAUCUCAAGGGGAUUCUGCUUGUAGGGGGUCUUGGGAGCAGCCGGUUUGUCCAGUCGCGCAUUGAGCAAAGCUAUCCCCGUAGUGAGGGAGUCAAAGUCUGGCGUGGACGGUCCAGCUGGACAUCGGUGGUCGAGGGUGCCGUACGCUGCCUGUUCAUGUCCCUGGGAAAUAUCCAAACCAUCAACACGCGACUCUCUCGCUGGAACUAUGGCAUCCCCUACAACGUACGCUUUGACCGCACCACACACCGGUACGAAGACAGAUUCUUCUGUGAGGAGGAAAGAUGUGCCAAAGCGAAACAGAUCGAAUGGCUCGUACGCAAAGGUCAAGAAAUCAAGUCUUCGAUGCCUCCGGAAUCCCAUAAUUUCACCCAGAUCGUUCCCCACAGUCCUCCUCUCGGUGGCUUCAUGGAGGUCGAUUUCACGAUCGUUCAGAGCGACGAAAAAGACGCUCCUCCCCACUUCACACCAGCCGUCAAGGAAUGUGCCGAUAUCGCGUGUCGCGUCACUCAUGACCUCCUUCUUGCAGCCCGACACCGAUCGCUGGCUGGGAAAGGCACAAACACUGGCGCCUCAUGGAAAGUCAUUAUAUCGCUAGAAAUACACAUGCUAGCAGCCAGAGUCAGGUUCGUUAUGAAAAUGGCGGGAAAGGAAAUCGGUGCUACGCAAGUAUCCUUCCGCCAGCUUGUACCCGGGUCCGUGCAGAAAAAGACCGAACCUGGCGUCAAAGGUGUUCCCGUCGAGAACGGGACGCCGGGUCGAAGGACCGAACUUGGUAAAGUUGCUGAAGAGGCUCUCAAAACAGGGCGCCUGUCGUGGAAUGCGAAGUCUGGGGGUGACGUGGAAUCAUCUCGAGAGUUUGAUGAAGUGCUGGCAAUGAUGCUGCUCAACCGCUGCGAUAGCUCGAUCCCCGAAUCUAACCCAGAUAAUGCAAAGAACAUCGACGAUCGCGCUGCAGGAAACGCCUCGACACCGUCGAACCCUAAUAGCUCUCCUGACCCCUGGUCUGCACUAUCAAAUCAAGCAAGACUCAAAUCUCUGCCCCCACCGUCAGCGUCACCUCUCAAACAAUCCCAGACUCCUCCAAAGAAGCAGUGGGAGGUUGAUUUCGACAUAUUGGCUGAUCGAAAACGAGAAGAAAAGAAACGUGCCCAGAUACGCGACACGGAGACUGCAAGUCAAACAGCGGCAACAUCACCACGCGGACCUCCUCUGCGGCAUAAACAUCAGGUAAAUGGUUUUGGUGAAUACAUCGACCGCAAAUUUCGAGAACAGGGUUCGUCCUCUACCACAGAGGCCGAUAGACAAGGACUCGACUCUCAAGACACCUUCGCAGAAACAAAAAUACCUCCCGGUAACGACGUCUCAAGGAACAGGCAGCUUGAAGUCACCUCAGAAGACCGCGAGUCACUCACGGCUCAGCUCUUACGGCUCGAUUACCGAGCCGACUUUGGAGGAAGAACCCUUCGAUUCGGACUCGGGGCCAGGUCUCGGACGAACCUCUUCCACUGGUACGACCAGUACCAGUUCGACUAUUCGUCCUAG